AGCUGCUCCGGUGAAUCUUGAAUCGGUACUUUUCAGAUUUUUACCCCAAAAACAUUAAAUACACGAUACCAAUAGCAGCCAUGUCUGUGAACUAUGCUGCUGGACUGUCGCCGUACGCAGACAAAGGAGUCUGCGGACUUCCUGAGGUAUUUGAUGGUCCUGAGGAACUGAAGGCGAAGGUGGAGACUGUCGCUCAGUUGAUUAAAGAAUCUCAGUACAUGGUUGUCCACUCGGGAGCAGGAAUCAGCACCGCGGCAGGCAUCCCUGACUUCAGGGGUCCAAAGGGUGUGUGGACGUUAGAACAAAAAGGCGAGUCACCUCACUUUGACACCACAUUUGAAGAUGCCCGACCCAGCCUGACACACUUGGCCCUCCUGGGACUGCAGAGGGCAGGGUACCUCAAGUAUCUCAUCAGUCAGAAUGUGGACGGCCUGCAUGUUCGAUCUGGAUUUCCCAGGGAUAUGUUAUCAGAGCUUCAUGGAAACAUGUUUGUGGAGGAGUGUGAGAAGUGUGGCAGGCAGUAUGUCAGGGAGAAGGUGAUCGGGGUGAUGGGGCUGAAACCGACAGGACGUUACUGUGACGUGGUCCGCUCCAGGGGACUCCGAGCCUGCAGAGGGAAGCUGAUCAGCACGAUACUGGACUGGGAAGAUGCUCUUCCAGACAGAGACCUGAACAAAGCAGACGAUGCAAGCAGACGAGCGGACCUGGCACUGACGCUGGGCACCUCCCUGCAGAUUAAACCCAGUGGAGACCUUCCACUCCUCACCAAGCGCAAAGGUGGCAAACUGGUCAUUGUCAACCUGCAGCCUACCAAACACGACAAGCACGCACACCUGCGUAUCAGUGGUUAUGUGGACGAGGUCAUGAAGCAGGUGAUGGAACUGCUGGGAUUGGACAUCCCAAAGUGGGAGGGACCAACUGUCUGCGAGAGCUCAACGGCCACCUCUGAGUCCUCCACCGAUGUCAAACCGCCAUGUGCAGUCACUGCAAAGUUAAAGGUGAAAAAGGGCCUCAUUAAGGAGGAGAGGAAAAGAAAAGCAACGCAACUAACAGACAAUGGGAGUGUUAAGGAGGAGGAGGUUUCUGUGAAGAGGGAGAGAGCAGACUCUCCUGUGGGGAUAAAUGAAGAGAAAUAGCCUCAGGUAUUUUCCUCGCAACACAAACUCGUCCAUAAACAAACCUUACACCUGAGAAUCAGCAGUCUGAUGGACAUCACUGAGGAGGGAGGAUCUCAUCAUGCCUUCCAGAGCAAAGACUCUUCUAGUACUGUAGUGGUUUUGUUAAUCCCAGACUUCUCAGUCUGCCUUCACUGCCACAAUGAGAAGCGAUGUCAAAUUGACUAAUAGAAGAUUCCUCCGCUGAAGCUUCACAAAUUGCCUUGUAAGGCAAAAGAGAUGAUGCUUCAUCAGUUGAGCGUUUGAUAAGUGUUUCUUUUAAUCUAAGAACAAACAAGUUGUUUAAAGGGUACAUUUAUCAAUAAGCAGAGUGGGAUAUAAAUGUUCCUCCGGCUAUAAUAUUCCAUGAGUGACUAUAUGAGGCAGAUUACCUGGAGGUUAGAACCAGAUCUUUGACAGAAAGGGCAACAGGAUGAGAUCUGGAGCAGAAAGUUAUAAAUAAAGCUUUUAAUAAGGUGUGUAAGGUUGCUGUACUUUAUACUUCACCUUAUUAUAUGCUUUAUUUUUAACAGAGUGCUCCAGAUCUCAAAUGCACCACAUCUCGCCUGUAAAGAAACAUUUGUUCAAUAUUUUAUGCAGAGAGAUAUCAGAUGUUAUCAAGUAUGAUUGACAUGAGUCGCUGCAUGCAACUGUGGGAGGCUUUAGUUUAAUGUUGCAUUGUAAAGAAAUUGAAAGAGAAUUACAGUUUUUUGUUUUGUCCCCAACAUCUACUGUUUUAAGUCUUCUUUAAUUGAUCAAACUACUUCUCUUACUUGUAUAGGAAAUGUGUCUUUCUCUGGUGAGAUGUAGAAAUUCCACCUGUUUUUGUGUAAGAAAACGUUGUACCUGCUGUUGAUUGGCUGUAAAUGGACCAUAAUCCCACUGUGUGUUUCUAGGGGGGGGAAAUAUAUCUCAGGGUUUUUUUUUUAAUGCAUAUGUUUUGGAAAUAAACACAAUAAGUUC